GAUGCUUGUUACCAUUGUCGCCCUGUUCGUCCUAUGCUGGCUGCCCCUCCAGACAUUUCUCGUGGUGCUUAACUACACCGAGGUUGUCGAUCACAAUUCUCUCAACCUCACCUUCUUUAUCUGCCACUGGAUUGCCAUGUCCAACAGCUUCGUCAACCCUAUAGUCAACGGAACUCUCAAUGAUAGCUUUAGGGCUGAUGCGAAGAAUAUAUUCUGCCGUUGUUUGGGCUCCGACACGAAGCUGUUAAAUUCAGGCGGGCUAUAUCGUUCAAUACCUACGGUAAACAGACACAAGAUGCCAGCAGCGACAGCACCGCUGUCAUCAGCUACCUUACACACAGUAAAUCGGACGCCAGGAACAGACCUUACAAAUCGCAUUGCAAGGACAUGGUUUUAAAGAUCUGCACGACAUGAAUAAUGUAAUUGGUACACCCAUCGUUUUGGAGAUUUUAGAUUUGUUCGGGGAUAAGUGGAUUGAAUUAUUGACAUCAUUUCGAGAAAAAAAUCGGGAGAGCAGUCUUCAUGAAACUAGCAAUCUCUGUCUCUUAUUUACAAUGAUGAUGAAGGAGCAACAUAUCAUUGAAACUUGCAAAAAUACGAGAGUUUCCAAUAUAAAUAAACCUUUAAUUAUUGUUUUUAAUGCUAAAAUAGUAUCGGAAAGGAUUAUGGCAAUAUAUUUUCAUCUAAUUGAGCGAACAUCUAUUGAAGCAUAACAAGUCCUUCUCUAAAUGUUGAUGAAUUGCCAAUCUCUAUCCGUUCUCAACAAAUUCCUCCGCAAUUAAAAAAUCCAUCUACCAUUCAAAGUGAUUGGGACGCGUUACAAGCAUAUUAUAUUUUAACAUAUAGCCUUGUAUAAUCAUAGCUCUUUUCUCACACACAUCGUGGUGAAUUACACAGUUUGACGAAAAUACAACGGUAAGGAACAGACAUGUAACAUGUAUGCCUUACUGAGUGCUUUACCUUUAUUUCUAAAUGAAACGAGAUAAUUUCUCCAAAUACGGUUUUAAUGUGAAGCAAUGAUUGUAUGUUUCAUCAACGAAUACUAUUGUAUUUCAGAGUAUAACCAACCAUUAUGACAUUUGAAACUUAUCAAUUAUGUUUGCUGAAAUUGUUGUUUUACUGUUGUAUAUAACUAU